UUGCGUUAGCGAUAAGGUGGCUCGGCUGAAUGUGAGAAUAUGGAUUUCAGUGCCACAAUUAUAGUAGGAACAUUACUUUUAGGAUGCGUCAUCAAUGUUACAUAUGGAUCUGAUAAAUGUUAUUCCGCUAAAACGUGCAUCCACGAUGGAAUGGAAAAAUGUGGUAAAAACGGACAAGGGAAAGUUAGAAGAUUUAUAGAUUCAUGUGAUAUAAAGGAGUAUAAUUGCUUGAAAAAUAAAGAUUACGAGAAGACAUCAAUUCAAGAUUGUAAAUCUUUACCACCAUUGCACGAACCAGCGGAACCCCUUGUUCAAAAUGAAACUGAAGACAAUGCUGCAACCAACAAGGAGUCUGAAGAAAAUGCUCCAUCUAAUAAGCAAUCAGAAGAAAAUGUGGGUACAUCUAAAGAAGCUAUAAGCAAGUCUAAAGAAGAAGUAACUAAGGUUCAAGAAGCUGUAAGCAAAUCUAAAGAAAAACCAAUAAAGAUUAAAGGGGCUAUAUCAAACAAUGGUGGUGGGAUAUCAUUUGAAAGUGCGAGCGAUGAACGUUGAUGAUCUUGUUUUGAAUAAAUAAAUUUGUUAUUGGAGGAUUUAA